AUYAUGUCGAACAUCGUUGAACUUCAGACUAUUAAUGACAGCUUGGGUAGUUCAGAUAGUACUCCAGUAAUCAUCGUUGGAACGGGUGAUUUUGGGAGAGCGUUGGCYACCAGGCUUCACCGCUUUGGAAUCCCAGUUGUGCUUGGCUCUAGUAACCCAAGAAUCGUCGAAGCAAAARUUAUCCCACAUGGAGUGGAAGUUCUAGAGAACGAAGAGGCAUUGAAGCUUGGCAACGUUGURGUACUUGCAGUACAUCGACAACAUUAUGAAGAAGUCACGGAAAAACAUCAGACAGACCUCAAAGGAAAGAUUGUCGUCGAUGUUAAUAACCCACCAAAGAAAACUGAGGUUUCAAGUGCUGAGUAUCUGGCUCAGCUUAUACCCGAGUCKAAAGUUGUAAAAGCCUUGAAUGUCAUAUCAGCCUGGGCACUCGAGUCUGACUCGUUUGGUGGAAGUAAGCAAGUCCCAYUCUGUUCCAAUAAUGCUGAUGCWCGCCGAGUAAUAAACCAUUUGAUUCGUGAUAUAGGUUUUGAACCUAUUGACCGAGGUAGCCUCAAGACAGCUGCAGAGCUAGAGUCCAUACCUUAUCGAUUUUUCCCAACUUGGAUCAAGCCCGUCAUAUUUUCCUUUGUUCUCUUAAUUUUGAUKAUUUKUUUUGAAUUUCUGCGCCGUUUUGUGAAUAAUGGAAAGGUGAAUAUCAAGUGGGAAGGCUUUCCAAUCAGCAAGCUUAACGUCUAUCUGGCCUUUAAUUCCAUAGGUCUUCUGUACCUGGCCUACCUUCCUGGUUCCAUUGCUGGUAUCUUUCAGCUUAUCAAUGGUACCAAGAGGAAACGUUUCCCAGCGUGGCUGGACGAAUGGAUGAAGGCUCGCAAGCAGCUAGGGUUACUGGGGUUCUUCAAUGCUUUACUGCACGCUAUUAUGGCACUGCUUGCGAUGAAUUCAGCGUUCGCAGGAUCUUUCUAUGAGAAAUCUGGGCAUUUUAACGUCCAAAACCAAACCAUCCAUGUGGCAUCAAGGCUGAGCCUGAACGGGGAAUUAUCCAUGUUUUUUGGAAUCGUCGCCUUCUCUCUCCUCUGCAUCCUUGCCGUGUGUUCUCUACCAAGUGUAAUCGAUACUAUGAGCUGGCGUGAAUGGAAUUUUGCGCAGUCAGGAAUAGGCCACAUAAUGCUGGGAUGUGCAAUUAGCCACAUGGCGACAAUGGGAGGCUUUGGCAUGGCACAUAGAGGUUGGAAGUUUCCUUCCAACUACUUYCUACCCUCAGUAUUCUACAUUGAGUUAUUCCUGGGUUUUGCAGUGAUAUUUCUCAGGGUUUUGCUUUAUAUGCCCUGUUUAUACAUCCCGCUGCAGAAAAUCCGUCAUGGAUGGGAAAGAGUUAGUGCAAGGCAGAAGGGAGAAGAGUGCGAAAAGAUCAUGCAAGUGUGAGAUCUUGGCGAUCAUUACAACCGUAGAUGUGGAAUAGCAGACUGAAAAACUGUGAUCCCAGUAAAUUAAUCUAAUAUUGUUUGAAUAUCGAGCAAAAAGUUUGAUUGAUCCAGACUUCCGUUAGAUUUAAAUAUUAUACAAAAUCAUAGUACAAAAUUUUAUUGAAAAGCCUUUCAUUUCUUGAUCAAGCUUUUAGUAUAAUUGGUUUGGGACCUAUGUCCUAUUAACAAUGCCCUCAACCAGGUCCGGUUUUUUUCUAUCUUUGUUUUUUUUGUAUUGGAAUUUAUAAAUUUCAAAUCAGGCUUCAAUUAAAAUCUCGAUCUGUGAUUGAAUUAUUUGAAUUUUGUGUAAUAACCGCUAGAUACAAGCACGGAUAUGCGCUUUUGUACUAUCGACAUUUAAGAAUGAAAAGUACAAAUUUGAGGCUACCAGUUAUUGUUCCAAAAAAUUCAAUGGAAAUUAUUGCUGCAAACUCACAAGAAUCACUUGCAAGCGUUACCCCAAAAAGAUAGGAAAGUACAGCAUCUAAAAGCAAAGUUCACAAGUAUUUUUUUCUUGCACUAAAAAUUUAAAACAAUGGUAAAUGCAUGGAAGCCAUUGUGCGAUAACUAUCCUUAUCAAUAUUGCAACUGUGUAUUUAAAACCUAAAAUUUUUUUCCAGUCGAAACCUUGGUCCGCGUCGCUUUUGGAAUGGACAAGUAAGAAGAUUAGGUACAAUAAUGACUUCUCUUGAAAGAAAAUAAUUUCACAACACAAUCAACUAUUUGCUUUGAUAUUGAAAAAAUAAAUAUUUAGAUGAGUUAAAUAUACAACAGAACGAAACAUGCGAACUAAAAUAUAGCAAAAGAAAAUAGCAGUCAAUGAAAUGAAACAAAAAGAUGGGGGGUAGCAGAUUAGUAGAGAACAAAAAAAUAAAAAAUAAAAAAUAAAAAAAAUGAAGAAGCGAGGAAUAAAAGGUUAUAAGGAA